CCAGUGAGGGGGUGGCUCCUACAAGUUCUCUGUUUCCUGCUUCUGCUUUAAGUAAACUUGUAUCAGUCCUGCUGCAGCCAUGAUCCCCCCACCAGCCGGGCUUUGCUUUCUGCCAAUAAACAUGAGUAGGGGCGGUUUGCUGCUGAAGACAUGCAGGGUGGCAGUGAGUCAGGGAAGAGCAGUGACUGGGGGUCCUCCUGCUUCCAGGUUGCGCUGUGUGCCCCAGGGCAGUGGCUAUCUGCAGGCAGGGAGAGGGGUGAGUGUGAGCCAAGGAAGGGCAGUGACAGGGGCUGCAGUGGAAAAAGCAGAUGGGAGAAAAGAGAUGAAGGAGUUUGAUGACCUUCCAGGACCAUCUCUGCUUAAGAAUCUCUACUAUUAUUUCCUGCGGGGAUACCUUCUGCACACGCAUGAACUGCAGUCAAACUACAAAAAAAUGUACGGGCCCCUGUGGAGGUCAGAAAUUGGCAAGUAUAAAAUGGUGAACAUAGCGGAUCCGGAAGCCCUGCAGCAGCUUUUGAGGCAAGAGGGGAAAUAUCCAAUGAGAAAUAAAGAAGAUAUAUGGAAAGCCCACAGAGACCAGCGCAAACUCGCCUAUGGGCCUUUUACUGAGGAAGGAUACCAUUGGUACCGGAUCCGCUCAGUGCUGAACAAGAAGAUGCUAAAGCCAUCAGAGGCCUCCAGCUACGCAGGGGGCAUCAACGAGGUGGUGACAGAUUUCAUGAAAAAACUGCAGUACAUGCGUAAGGCCAGUCCUUCUGGCGACAUGGUGAACGAUGUGGCUAAUGCCCUGUAUAGGUUUGCUUUUGAAGGCAUAUCAAACAUUCUAUUUGAGACCCGAAUUGGCUGUCUGGAAAAACAGACCCCCCCAGAGACACAAAAGUUCAUUGAUUCCAUUGGUUACAUGUUUAAGAAUUCUGUUUAUGUCACCUUCCUGCCGCAGUGGACAAGAGGUAUCUUGCCCUACUGGGAUCGUUAUAUAGAAGGCUGGGAUAAUAUCUAUGACUUUGGGAAGCAGCUCGUUGAUAAGAAGAUGAGUGAGAUACAGUCCAGGCUGGAUAGAGGGGAAGAGGUGGAGGGUGAAUACCUAACCUAUCUGCUGUCCAGUGCCAAUCUGAACAUUGGAGAAGUAUACGGCAGUGUAUGUGAACUGCUCCUGGCUGGUGUGGACACGACAUCAAAUACAUUGUGCUGGUCCAUGUACCAUCUGGCAAGAGACCCAGAGCUUCAGCAAGCUGUAUAUGAAGAGGUGAGCAGUGCUGUACCUAUGGAUCGGAUCCCUGUUGCUGAGGACAUUUCUAAAAUGCCACUGCUGAGAGGUGUAAUCAAGGAGGCCCUGCGGCUUUAUCCUGUGGUCCCCACCAAUGGAAGGAUUGUGUCUGAGAAGGACGUUAAGAUUGGAGAAUAUCGCUUCCCCAAAAAUACUCUCUUUGUUCUAUGUCACUUUGCCAUUGCCAGAGAUGAGGAAAGUUUUGAAGACCCCCUGAAGUUUCAGCCCCAGCGGUGGCUGCGGGAUGGAGGAAUGAAGCAUCAUCCAUUCAGUUCAAUUCCUUUUGGGUAUGGGGUGCGUGCUUGCGUGGGGAAGCGCAUUGCGCAACUGGAGAUGCACCUGGCCUUGUCUCGGAUAAUUCGUAUAUUUGAGUUAAGACCGGAUCCCAAGGGAGGAGAUAUCAAAACGAUUGCCCGCAUUUUAUUAACACCAAACAAACCAGUUAACUUGCAGUUCCUGGAGAGAAAGGCCUAUCAGGGAUGAGGUGGUGGCUCAGACAGCAAGGAAGUUGGAUAGAAGCCUUGAGGGGAUAGCACCUAAACCUGUGCUAUUCUGGGACAAACUGUACAUCAACAAGAGGCCAAUAUCACCAAUAUUUACUCUACUGGAGAAUCAGAUCUGCCAGUGGUCUUCAUGAAAAAGCUAAAUUUCCUUGUUAUACUGAAUUCCCUCUUGGGUCCAGGGGUGAAAUUUUAACAUGUAGUAACUGGUCCAUUUGUGGGUAAUCUAAGCAUCCCUACAUUUUAAUUAUUCUUCAUUUUAAAAUAGAAUGGGUGCAUAACAACCAAUCAGCAAAUAGCAUAUAUAUAUAUAUA